GAAAAGAAACAACAAACACCAAUUGGAUUUUCCAUGGCUACAAAAUAAGAUCCUCUCCUCCGACACAACACAUAGAUUCCUCAACUUCUUCUCUCAGAAAUAAGAAAAAAAAAAAAGGGUUUAAUCUCUGAGAUGGGCUACAAGAGACUGAUGACUGGUGGGACUUCAAGCAGAGGCCAUCGGGAUCCUCUAUUGCAGAACCAGGAUAGAACGAAAGCAAAUGGAGAAGAGACGAGCGAGAAUGGUACAACUGAUCUCGAGCACGGUGUAGGUGAGGCAGCAAAUGUCGGGUUUGGCAGAGUCUUUUCGUUGGUAAGUGAUUCUUUAUUAGCAUUCUCGGAUUUUAAAGAUUCUGUAAAAUACUCAAAAAUAAAAUGUUAUGGUUUGCAGGCAAAGCCUGAUGCAGGGAAGCUAGUGAUUGGUACCAUUGCUUUGUUAAUAGCUUCAACAACUAAUCUCCUCGUUCCAAAAUUUGGUGGAAUGAUUAUAGACAUUGUAUCCAGAGAUGCCAAGACGCCUGAACAGCAAUCUGAAUCCAUUCUUGCUGUUAGAAACGCUGUCGUAAUCAUUCUGCUUAUCGUUGUACUCGGGUCUUUGUGCACGGCUUUGCGGUCGUGGCUGUUUAACUCUGCCAGUGAAAGAGUUGUGGCUAGACUGAGAAAGGAUCUGUUCAAACACCUAAUGCAUCAGGAAAUAGCAUUUUAUGAUGUGACAAAAACUGGAGAGCUGUUGAGUAGACUCUCUGAAGACACCCAAAUCAUCAAAAACGCUGCUACUACGAAUCUUUCUGAAGCUCUUCGUAAUGUAACAACGGCGCUUAUUGGAGUUGGUUUCAUGUUUACAUCUUCUUGGAAACUAACAUUGUUGGCAUUAGUAGUAGUUCCACUAAUUUCCGUUUCUGUGAAGCAAUUCGGACGAUAUCUCCGUGAACUUUCACACAAAACUCAAGCAGCAGCUGCUGUUGCUGCAUCAAUUGCUGAGGAAUCUUUUGGCGCAAUCCGGACAGUUAGAUCGUUUGCGAAAGAAAGUUAUAUGGUCUCCCAAUACUCCAAGAAAGUUGAUGAGACACUGAAGCUAGGACUCAAACAAGCUGUACUUGUUGGGUUGUUCUUUGGAGGACUAAACGCAGCUUUCACAUUAUCUGUGAUCACUGUUGUUAGUUAUGGAGCAUACUUGACAAUAACUGGUUCCAUGACUGUGGGAGCACUCACUUCCUUCAUUCUUUAUAGUCUCACAGUUGGUUCGUCGGUAUCUUCUUUAUCAAGUUUGUACACAACUGCAAUGAAAGCAGCAGGCGCUAGUAGACGGGUUUUUCAGAUCUUGGACCGUGUUUCUAGCAUGCCAAGUUCAGGGGAUAAAUGUCCUGUCGGUAAUCCUGAUGGAGAUGUGGAAAUAAAUGAUGUCUGGUUUGCUUAUCCUUCUCGCCCUAGUCACAUGAUCCUGAAGGGGAUAACGUUGAGGUUGACACCAGGUUCAAAAGUUGCACUUGUAGGACCAAGUGGUGGAGGCAAAACAACCAUAGCCAAUUUGAUAGAGAGAUUCUAUGAUCCUGUCAAGGGAAAGAUUUUGCUUAAUGGAGUUUCUUUGAUGGAAAUAUCUCAUCAGUACCUUCACAAACAGAUCAGCAUUGUCAGCCAAGAACCGAUUCUUUUCAACUGUUCAGUGGAAGAGAACAUCGCUUAUGGGUUUGACGGUGAAGCUAGUCUUUCAGAUAUAGAAAAUGCAGCGAAAAUGGCGAAUGCACACGAGUUCGUAGAAACAUUCCCAGAUAAGUACAAAACGGUUGUUGGAGAACGUGGGGUACGUCUCUCAGGAGGACAGAAACAAAGGAUUGCGAUCGCGAGGGCGCUUCUUACAAACCCGAGAGUCUUGCUCCUUGACGAAGCAACAAGUGCACUCGAUGCUGAAAGCGAAUAUCUUGUUCAGGAUGCUAUGGACUCGUUGAUGGCGGGAAGAACGGUUUUGGUGAUAGCUCAUAGGUUGUCGACGGUUAAGACAGCAGACUGUGUGGCGGUUAUAUCAGAUGGUCAAGUGGCUGAGAAAGGGACUCAUGAUGAGCUUCUAAGCUUGAAUGGAAUCUACACUAAUCUUGUCAAGAGGCAGCUUCAAAGUUCUUCCUCUGUAACCAACGUGUGAGAUGAUAGUAUACUUUCUUCUUACAAUAACAGAAGAAGUGAUCGUAGAUCUUUCUCUAUGAACUAGAGGGUUGGCGACAUUAAAUAACUAUCUGUCUUGUACAAUAUCAUGAAGAUAUGCAACCCUAAAAUAGGGGUCAUGAAAAUAAAGAAUGUUGAAAAAGAUUUAACAAUAAAUGAUUUCAAAUAGCCUCAA